UCUUUUAUUGCACACCGAGAAAGUAUGCGACAGAUGAUGAGAAGUUUUUCUGAACCUUUUGGAAGAGAUUUGCUCAGCAUCUCUGAUGGCAGAGGAAGAGCUCAUAAUCACAUGAGACAUGAUGAUGGUGAAAAUUCUUUGACUGUAAUGAAUUCUCUUAUGCCUUUUGGCAGUUUUGGUGGUAUGCGUACAGAUGUCAACCCUUUUCAGGCAAUGGACCGAAUGAUGUUAAAUAUGCGAAACAGUAUGCAGGAAUUACAAAGAAACUUUGGUCACCUUUCACUGGAUCCAAAUGGACAUUCAUUUAGUUCUUCCUCAAUUAUGACUUAUUCCAAAGUAGGAGAUGAACCACCAAAGGUUUUCCAGGCCUCGACUCAAACCCGUAGGGCUCCAGGAGGAAUAAAGGAAACUAGGAGAGCAUUGAGAGAUUCUGACAGUGGACUAGAAAAAAUGGCUGUUGGUCAUCAUCUUCACGACAGAGCUCAUGUCAUUAAAAAGUCAAAGAACAGCAAAACUGGAGACGAAGAGGUCAAUCAAGAGUUCAUCAAUAUGAAUGAAAGUGAUGCUCACGCUUUUGAUGAUGAAUGGCAGAAUGAGAUUUUGAAGUACAGACCAGCGGGACAGUGGCGCCAUGUGGAAAACCCUAAGAUGCGAAGUGUUAGUCAUGAGAAUUCAGGCUCCCGAGAACUUAAAAGAAGGGAGAAACCUCAUCAAAGUCCAGCCAUUGAACAUGGAAGAAGAUCAAAUGUUUUUGUGGACAAACUCAACAUCAAAGGAUCACCUGUGAAAAUCAACAAAAAAUAA